AUGUCACUAGUAGAUUUGGGAAAGAAACUUUUAGAAGCUGCACGAGCAGGUCAAGAUGACGAAGUUCGCAUUUUGAUGGCAAAUGGAGCACCUUUUACCACAGAUUGGUUGGGAACAUCUCCACUUCAUCUAGCAGCACAGUAUGGACACUAUUCAACAACAGAAGUGUUGCUGCGAGCAGGUGUGAGUCGGGAUGCCAGAACCAAAGUGGACAGAACUCCACUACAUAUGGCAGCCUCAGAAGGCCAUGCCAGCAUAGUAGAAGUCUUGCUCAAGCACGGUGCUGAUGUCAAUGCGAAGGACAUGCUCAAAAUGACUGCACUUCACUGGGCUACUGAACAUAACCACCAAGAAGUUGUAGAACUCUUAAUAAAGUACGGAGCAGAUGUUCAUGCUCAGAGUAAAUUUUGCAAAACGGCAUUAGAUAUUGCAGUAGACAAUGGAAAUGAAGACCUUGCAGAAAUAUUACAGAUUGCAAUGCAGAACCAAAUUAAUACGAAUCCAGAGAGUCCGGACACUGUGACGAUACAUGCAGCAACACCGCAGUUCAUCAUUGGACCUGGAGGGGUGGUGAACCUAACAGAUGAAACAGGAGUGUCUGCUGUACAGUUUGGAAACUCAUCAACGUCAGUAUUAGCCACGUUGGCAGCUUUAGCAGAAGCGUCAGCUCCACUAUCUAAUUCUUCAGAAACACCAGUGGUGGCCACAGAAGAGGUUGUGACUGCGGAAUCUGUGGAUGGUGCUAUUCAGCAAGUUGUCAGUUCUGGAGGUCAGCAAGUUAUUACUAUAGUUACAGACGGCAUUCAGCUUGGUAAUCUGCACUCGAUUCCAACCAGUGGAAUAGGGCAGCCAAUCAUUGUGACCAUGCCAGAUGGACAGCAAGUAUUAACAGUUCCAGCAACAGACAUUGCUGAAGAAACUGUAAUAAGUGAAGAACCACCAGUGAAGAGACAGUGCAUUGAGAUUGUUGAAAAUCGUGUGGAGUCUGCAGAAAUAGAAGAAAGAGAAACUCUGCAGAAACAACUGGAUGAGGCAAACAGAGAAGCACAAAAAUAUCGUCAGCAGCUUCUAAAGAAAGAACAAGAAGCAGAGGCCUAUCGGCAGAAGUUAGAGGCAAUGAACCGCCUCCAGACUAAUAAAGAAGCUGUUUAAUAAAAAAUGAACAUACUGCAAAGCCUGUUACUUUCAAAAACCUGCAGUACAAUCUUGAACUGUACGCUAUAUAGGUACAGACACAGGAUUACGUGGUAGAGAAGAUGCUACAAGUUGAUAACUGGACUUAAGCCGUGAGCUCUGAUGAAUUUCUUGUAACAUAAAAACUCUGAAUUUAGAAAUUGUGAAAAGUAUUUAAAAUGAAUUACUGUAAAUAGUUGUUUUUUUUACAGUUUCAAAAUGAGUUGAUAAAUCUUUUUGAAGGGAUCCAGAAACACGGGAAGCCAAUGUUUUUGUGAAAUUUUUGAUUUUAGUAUGAAUCUAACUUCUGAAAAACAGAACAGUUUUAAGGGUGAUGUUGUUGAUUUAAGCUGACAACUUGAAUUAUGUGACAAAAUGAAUUAACAGUUAUUUCUACAUGGUGACAACAUAAACUUCUCUGAAUAAGACAUUUCCAGAUGGAAAUCUUUGUACAGCUUUAAGUAGUUGUCUCAGAUUCUCUGAAAACCGUUUUGGGUUAUUUUUUUUAUUUUAGGCGGUGAAAUUUUUAUAUUUAAUUUCAGAUAUAUCCAAGUAGACUUACAUGUAUAUGAAGCUAAUAUUUUUAAACUUUUCAGUUUGUACAUAUGCUGCAUGUUUUUAUAAUUUCUACACAUACGUCUUGCAUAGGUAUUUUUCAGCAAAGAUGAGAAAAAUUAUGAGAAAAAUGUUUAGCCUAUAGGUCAUUUGAAGUAAGCUAGCAGACAGUUUUAUUGUGGAUGGUAUAUUUCUUGGAAGAAUGUAAUUUGUAAUUAAAAGAACAAAAAAAAAAAUCUUAAUUUACAUAUUAGAGGCAAUUUAAAAUUUGGUGGUGGAGGCAUUGACGCUUCACUUCGUGUGUCUUACAAUUUUCCUGUACAAACAUUUUCAAGUUCAGUAAUUAAUACAAAAGAAUGUCUCCACAGGAACACAAAUAGUAGUUCUUUUAGAAUAUUCCUAUUGAUCUCUUUUCCCCAAUAGCCUUGAAAUUAUUUCAGUGAUACAUUUUUUCUAAACAGACUUUGGCAUUUUAAUUAUGCAAUUGGACAAGUAAUUUUUUAUGUUGGUAGUGAUGCUCUUCUUACCUAGCAUCAUUGUUCUCCACUGUGAUGCUGUGUUUGUGUGUGUCUGUGCAGUGAUCUAUUAUGCCUAGGAUUUAUAUAGCACAUUACAUCUUCAGAGCAUUGUAAAAUCUUUUGAAGAACCCUUACUGCACUGCCUGAGGCAGGCAAGUGAGUGUUACUGUCUCAAUUUUAUAACUGGUAUAAGCGCAACACAGGGAAUGUUAAAUGACUGACCCAAGACCACGUGAAUCUGUGGUAUACCUGGGAACAGAUCUCGGGAGUUCUGGCUUCUGGUCCUGUGCUUAGACUGAGCUGCCUUAAGAUUGUUCAGUGUUCUGUUACAUUAAAUUUUGAACUACUGUGCAGAUUCCUUUUUUGUAAGAUAAAACUCUUUGUGCUUUGCUUUGUUGUUCCAUGUUUCACUGCUUUUAUGGAAUUGUUUAUAUAAACUUAAGCAAAAAGUCUAGUUUACCUAUACUGUACACAGAAGAAUUACCCUUAAAACUGUACUCUGGCCUACUUUUUCUAUUUUACAAUUAAAUAUCUUUUCCAUAUA